AUGGCUUCGAAUUCUAUUUGCUACUACCCUUAUGCUGCCGUCCUAUGGAUUUGGAGCAAGUUGACCGCUUUAUUCUACUAUUUGUUUAAUCCUUCCGACACUCCGCUUCACGCAGUUCGAUUAACAAGGAUUGAAAGCGACUGUCAGAAAGUCCCAUUUUUGAAAGGUUCGUUUUUUUCUAUGAUAGUUCUUCUGGUUUUUAGGCAACUCCUUUGUGCUCUGAUCUUUUUUAAGUUAUUCAAUCAUUGUAAGUCAAUACAAAUUCCGCUCUGAUUUUUGGUGUAUAUCAGCAGAAAGUCAAAAAGACCUGAAUCUGACAUACUAGAGAUUUUUCCCGACUUCUGAAAAAAAUUUGUUUUUCGAAUAUUUUGAGUGCUCUGGUCGUCUCGAUUAUUUUUAUAAUUAUUCAAAAAAUUAAAAACUAAAAAAAUAUAGCUGGGCUUAAAGUGAAGUUUUAAUUUGUAAGCAAGCAUAAAUUUGGCGAAUCAAAAAUGCCCGGAAAUCCUGUUUCGGAAAGUUAAGUCUUUCUUUUUUUCUGAUUACCUCGUGAUUUUCUCCGUUUUCCAAACCUUUUGGACACUUGGUUCCUUGCAUUCCAAUUCAUAUUUAUCAUUAACGCUUGCUGAAUGAAUCUCGCUCUUCCUCUGUCGUGGGACAGAAAUGAUUGAUCACGCCUGAUUGCACUAAAUCUGUAAAAAGGUGCCUUUUUCCUGACGCCGGAAAGAUAACACGGGCAGUUUCGUUAUGGGGUUUUUCUUUUUUCUUGGAUGAUUAUUCAAUUUUCCGUAGCUUGUAAUAGGGGUUCCAAGCUACAAGUACAGCGAGAAAAUGAAGCCAAUUAGAUUUUUUUUUUCUCAGAGAAAGUACUAAAAACACGUCUAUUCAACUCUUGCUUGGCAGAAUAAUUGAGUUAUUAAGAUUCACCCGAUGCAAUUUUUAUGGAACAUGAAAAAAUGUUUUUUUGGACUCUUACAAGUCUCGCUUGAAAAGUUUUGGGGGCAAGUUGGAUUUUUCCUCAUAGAAAAAAGACAUUUGAAAAAAACUUUCAAAAGCACCACACACAAAAAAGGAAAGCUAGGGUAUCUCGACUCACUGUUUCAAAGACCUUACAUCUGUAAAUGCGGUUCAAAAUCCAUUUUUAAGGACUUCAAAGAUCUCCCUAAUGAACUUACUAAUGAUUCUGUCAUCUCAUCUGAGCCUGGAAAAAGAAGACAUGUAGAUCUACCGCAAGUACUUUUUCUUGUUGUCGAGAAAAAAGUUCCAUUCAACUGGCCGUUCGUUCGUCACUUGCUGCCCAUUGUUGUCAACCAAGCAGGCGAAUCUGUCUGUUGUUCGGCGGCCUCCCACCCACCAACCUGCCCGGUUCGUACAGGUGUCGAGUUUCCUGCCAGUCAAAAGCCGGCGCCGGCCACGAGAUUUUUCUCGACCUGGCUGACUGACUUUUCAACGUUAUUUUUUUUUCCAUCAUCCAAAGCCGCCCUCAUAACCAUGCGGCUGACCUGACCGCCAGCGAGGGGCUUUUCGCCGCCGUUAUCUUCACCAUUUUCGGAUCGCAUUCAACGAUCUUUUGCGUCGAAAUGGAAUAUAUUGAAAUGGACACUGGACAAAAUUUUGAGGCAGAUGCAAAGCCAAAAAAUCAGCCAAUCCGCCCACAGAAAGAGAGAGGAAAAAAACUCAUUUCCGCGAAAGCGCCGAGCAAUUCAAUCGGUAAUUGUCCUUGGGGGAUUUUGAAGGUUUCAGUUAAAAAUUGGCCUCAAAAUGUAUAGUGGAACUGUAUUUGAAGGUGACGGACUUCAGAGAUGCUUACGUAUUAUUUUUUUUUAAAGUUCUAAGUAAACUUUAAAUUUUCAAGAAUUAAAAUGUUGAUUAUUUUUGCAGGAAAAGUCAAGGGAAGUUCUGAAAAACGUUGUAUUCGUGGCCUUGAUGUUUCAUAGAAAACUACAAAAAAGGACCUUGUUAAACUCGAAACAGUGAAACGUAGGAAGCCAGUUUCAAAUUUUAUUUUAAAACUACAAAUACGCACCGAAAUUUUGUAUCUGCACCUUAUUCCGAAACUUCUAGUAGGAAGUACAAAACUUUGUUAAAAAAAAACUCAGAAAUCGUCUCAAAGUACAGAUUCUCACCCAUUCUAUCGGCUAAAAAAGUGUCGAUCAAGCGGAUUUGAGGUUUAACCAAACUGGUCGCACUUGAAUCAACCUUGUCUUUUCAUGUAAUAUUUUUCAAUUGGGGCCCGACACCAGGUCUGUUUCACAAUAGCUCUCUUGUCGUAUGAGAACGGUCGUUGGUUCGCCGCGACUCCAUUAAAAACCCCCUUUUGAAUCGCUUGACCCGAGUACUUUAGAAAUGAAUGAAAUGGACUAUUCAAGGUUCAAGAGAAAGGUUGUUAGAUUUCUAUUGAUACGCUGAAAAAACGAUAUUUAUGAGGCCUUGAACUUCAAAGAAAGUUAUUCUAAGAAAAAUCGGCUUUGAAUCUUUUUUUACCAGUUCGAAAUAAUUUAUUAUAUUCCAUGGGUCCUGAAGAGAUUUUUUUCUGAGAUGACUAAACCUAUUAGUUAGAAAAACAUGUUUAAACGUUAAGAGAUCCUUUUUAAAAACGCUCGAUCUGACUAUUUUCUUGUAAAACUUGUGCUUAAUGAAAAUAAUUCAGGAAAUUCAAAAAUAUUUGUUUUCCUCAAACCAGAGUUAAAUCCGAAAAAAAGCCAAAUAGAGUAUUUUUCUGAAUUCAUUUUUUCCUGAGCAGUAUCUAUAAGUUUCCCCAUUUUCAAAUUUUAAUCUAAUAUAAUCAUCUUCACAGCCACAAUAUUGAGAUAUAAAUGAGCUAAAAAACGCGAAAUCAACUUCUUCCUCCUUCAUUCUACGCAAGAAAAGCCUAACUUCGAAUUGUCUUUGCCCACUUUAUUAGCUUCAUUUCUGUUUGUUUUACACUUGAUGAAUGUCAGUGGUCUUUAUCAAGUUUCUUUUGUUUAGUUGAUGAGAUUGACGUCUUUUGAGGGAUCUUAAAAGUUGAUUUUUUUUUUCUGAGUUGAUAACGACGUCAGUUGGGGCUGGAAGAGAAAAAUUCAUGUUUUAAAAUUAGGUGUUGUAUCUUGAAUAUACUAAUAUUAAUUCAGCCGAACUCCAAUAAUAUCAAAUUCCAUUGGAAAUGAGUUAAAAAUUUUUUUAGAGAAAAAGGCUGAAAUAAGUUUACUUUUUGAAGAAAACUUUUUUUCAAGCUGACUUCAAAUAUGCACUUGAAAGCUUCUUUUUUUAAAGAAUGUUCAAGUUUUUUUUGAUUAGGCUCUUAAAAAAGUGAGUAAGAAGCUUCUCAGACUCAUUCUUAGGUUCCAAUUUUUCGAAAAACCUAGGGCAUAACUUGAUGUGACCUUUCUCCUAGAGCUCCAGUCAAGUCCAAUAUUCGGUCUUUUGCUCACGAAAUCAGCUGAAGCCUCUCCUCCUCAAUAAAUUGGGACCUCAUCAAAGAAAUUUGUUGUAAAAGCUCCCUCAGAGUAAAUGAGCGAAGAUUUGUGAAGGGUAGACGCCUUUGAGAGCCCGAAGCGCGGCGGGAAAAACGAGAAUGUCAACCAACCACCUCGAGAUAUCACGACAAGAUGGACGGCGGGGCAGCCACUGGCGUCUCUGUCGUCGGCCUCACAAACACUUGUCCCAAGCAAAAAUUGCCAAUUUUCUCACGAGCUCCCGGAAUCUCACAUCGAAUCCUCACGAUCAAAGUUUUGAGAGCAGGGGCAUCUCUGUUUGUAUUCAGAGGCAAACAAAAUGCUUGUCAAACAGAUUGAAAAUUGGCAAAUUUUUUGUCUUUUUGGCUUCGAACAGAACUUGAGAGCGAAAUAGUGGAAAAAGAAACACCUUUAUAAAAACGGAUUUUUUUUCUUUGAAAUUGACAUCAGAAAGUCAAAAAGUAUCAUUUUUGAGUGACAACAAACGUCGAGUUUGUGUUUCUCUAAUGACCCGUUUCAAGUUUAAAUAAAGGGAAGAUUAUCGGUUUCAAGUUGAUGUUUGUUGACAAAAAAGUAGAAUGAGGGUUUCUUAUUUUAUAUGAAUUUAAGGAAUCUUAUUUUUUUAUAAAGGAAGAGACGGAAAAUCACUUUUUUUCAACUUGCUUAGUAAAGAAACCGGUAAGGAUCUGCCGUUCAUCCUCAAUAAAUUGACAGCAAUUAGGCGUAAAUCUGACCUCGACUGGUAGGUAAGCAUUGCCUUGAAUAAAUUCUCAACCUGACAUCGGCACAUAAAAGAGAGCGGAAAGAGAACCUCUCAAGUUAUAGUUUCCCAUUUCCAUGGUCAUAUCCUAGCAAAUGGGAUGCCGGCAUUUCCGCCGACAUGUUUUUUUAUCUGCCAAUCGCGCGGCAGGUAAUAGGUAGAUUUAUUCCUUUUUGGUUGGACUGGCAGGAAAAACAACAGAAAUGAUCAGAAAUCUGUUUCAGGAAAGAUGGGCAUUUUGGAGCUGUGAGAGGGACUUUCAAAAUGGCUUUAAGCCAAUAUUUUCAUUGAAGUAGAAUUUUUUGAUCAUUUUAUGAAUAUUUUAUAAUAACUUAGUUUUGGAGAUUAUUUUACCUGAAGAAUAAGAAGGUGGCUUCAAUUAUUUAAUGAAUGGAUGAGCCAUGAAAUCGGAUAGAAAUUCUGAAUUUUGAACCAACGAGAAUCAUUAGGUUAAACAUUUUUGACUUCUUGCCUUCGAAGGACUCUUGGGCUAAAUUUUCAAAAAACUGGAGAAAUCAUACUUUUUUGAAUAGCAAUCCACUUCGCCUCCUAAUCUUGGGAACACCUAAGCCAGAUUUUUCCUUGCCUGACUCCGAGUUGAGUUCGAAGCGAAAAAAGUACAAUUACAGUCCCAAGGUCUUCUCGAUCCCACUGUCCAUCAACCAAACCAACUAAAACAGUCAGAAUUCAGAAGCGAACUUUUGCCAUCAACAGAGUUUGUAUCUCGAGGCCGAAUCUGCACGGUCGCAUGCAAAUUAGUGGAAAGGCCGGCCGGGUGGAGGAUCAACGGCGCGCACCUGAUUGCGUGUGAUUCCAUCAGGCCGCCGGUCGGUCCGCAACCUCUCUUAAUUGCCGGUUUUGCGACUGGAUGAAUGAUGACGUAGCGAGGACUCUUGAAAACAGAACUAUAAGGCUAGAAUGACUCAUUUAUCAAGAAAAAUGAGCAAAAAAGGAUCUCAUUGGAGGUGUUUUUUUGAAGUUACACGAUAGAAGGUUUUUCAAAUUUUGAAGUUCAUAUGGAAUCGCCUCGAAACAAAGCUUUUUUGAUGUUUUUUCAACAACUACUAAUUGCAUUAAAGUCAUGAGUAGACGAAUUUUGAGCCUAUAUCGAUAAUAGAAACCUUUUCGACAUGAAUACAACUUCGUUUCCUCAUUGCCAUCCUGACUUCCAAGCAAACUAUCAUUGCUUGCUCUCCCUUCAUUUUCAAGCCCCUGACCUCAAUAACCAAUAAAAGUAGCCGUUUGGCGAGAAUCGCAACAUCAAAGCCGUGAUUGCGGCGGAAUGAAUAAAGCCGUCGGAAAGAGAAGAGAACAAGGCGAAGAAGCGCAGAUAUGAGUCAAGAAUUGAAGAGGCACUGUACAAAGACAGGAGAAUUACAGGGCAGACCAGAGACAAGAGAAAGAGGUGGGGGCGGAGUAAAUGAGUGACCAGACUCACUGUCCCUGCGAAAAAAUACCAUUCUCUGUCCCUCUUCUUCUUCCAUUGAUCAUAAUCAUAAUCAUAAUCAACCAACAAGGUCACGGCUAUUUUUCUGAGUUGUAAUGCGGAGGAUUAGCUCCACGCCUUGGUACUCUCACAGUACUUAUUCACUGAAUAUUAUACCUGAGGAGCAUAUUCCACCUGUUGAUUAUGAUCUGAGCGAAAUCGGUAAUAUUUUUUGAUUUUCUUGCAAAAAAUUGGGCCCGUUUUUUCAUCACUAGCUGAAGAAAGUCUUUGUCUGAUAAGAAGCUCCAAUCUUUUUAGAAGCAUGUUUUGGCUUCGAGUUCUAUUUUCCUAGUUAUGCGGAGAUUCUUUGAUUUUUCGUUUACUCUGCUUUCGAAAAACUACAUAAAGGCUUGGUACAGUAGCGCAUCCUUGACCAAUCAAACAAAGCCUUGAAAUUUCCAGCAAUUAACCACGCAACCACAUUUUUUCCCCGAUGUUUGUUCAAUCCGUUGCCGUUCCAUCAAUUCCUGUCGUAAUUUUCAAGAACUUGAUGAAACAUAGCGGGAUGUAGGAAUUUCGAUAUUGAGAAUGAGAUACAAAAGGAAAAAUCUUUUUUUUUUUGGAGCUUCGAAGAGGUUAAUUAAACGGAUCAUUCUGAUUUCGGAACUAUUUUUGAAUGUCUCAUGGUACACCGCUAAUUGCUUCUGAACGAUUUUGAACUUUCAGAAGAAAUUAUUAGGUUUUCAACCUUCUAUAAUUUUAUUGAAACCGCUCUUUUGUACCCUUUUUCGGACAAUAAAGUUUGAAGUUUUUUUUUCGAAUUUAACUUUUUGAUUUUUGCUGAAUACUUUGAAAAAAGCUUCAUUUUUAAUUUACAAAUUUUCCUCAUAACGUUUCACUCAUAUCUUCAUGCGUCACUAGUCUUUUUUUGAAUAAUGGGCUCAACAUGAACUUCAAUUAUCAAUUUAUUUUCUGAUCCAUUUUUCCAAAAUUCACUAAUUAACCAGGAAGGUUCAAUGAGAAAGAAGUUCCUGUGAGAAUCAAACUUUUUCGCUAAUCCUCAAAGACCAGCGCUCUUAAUUUGAGUGACUGAAGUGAAUCGUGAGGAAAAGCGCCGAUGUUCUGUUGUUGUUGUGAGGUACACGUCUUGCGGAGGAGACAGUGUGUAUGUUCUGAGCCAACUUGCAACUUGCAUCGUCUCUCCAUCGCUUUGUACUUCUCCGCGGCGGCCUGUUUGCCCAAUAUUGGCCUCGAAACUCACUAAAACAAGCACCUACGGCUGUUCGAGUUAACAUCUUGCUGAGCAAGUGAGGUUCUUGAGUUUGAGUCGGAAAAAGAGAAAAGUCUUAGUGAACUUGAAAAAGUGAAAAUUUUGGAUUUUGAUGAUUUUUUUCAUUUCUGGCGUCCUGAUGACUAUAAGAGCAUUCAUUCUUUAUUAAAGAUUAUCUAUCAUAACAUUACUGCUUCACUAGACUAUAUUUCAGAAUUUUUCUGCGCAAAAAUGAUUUAACAGGCGACCAUCACGAACGUUUGCCUAAGACCCUUUUUCGCACGAAUUUUCCGCGCAUUUUCGGCUUUUUACGUUUCAAAUCACUCUUCUGCGUUCUUUGUUCAAUAACGCAUGAAUGGUUUUGAUGCAGCCUACCAUGCCCAAAUUAAAACACCUUUUGUCUCGAAAAGCUUUUCUUAUUCGCGGAGAAUCGAGAGUGGGAGAGGCAAGACCAGUGCACUUGGCUAUGAAGGAGAUAUUGUGGAUUAUGAUCUUCUGGACAUCAGAAUUCCAACAGAAAAGGAAAAAUUGGGUAUUUUUGGUAAUUUCAUGGUCUCUUGAAAACUUCUUCGAAGGGAUGCCUAAAUCCAACGAAACUGCUAAGACACGGCGGCAUGUAGAACGGCUUUCCCACUACUUAAAAAUAAUAAGUCGUUUCUUUCUCAACACUAAGAAUAACUGCCGAGAUAAACGCGAGACACUGGCGGUACAUUGACGAGCUCGCAAACAUCUCGCAUUUUUUCUCGCGCCGGUUUCGCAUUUGUUUGGGCGCGAGCUCGCAUUUUUCUAGGCGCGAGCUCGCGUUUCUCUCGCAAUUUGAAAAUUUCCGAAAUGCAAGAUAAAUGCGGGAUCGCGCCUAGAAAAAAGCGACAUUUUUGCGAGUUAGUCAAUGUACCGCCACCGAGCUCGCAUUUAUCUCGUCAGUUAUUCUUAGUGAAGCCAGCAAACUUUAUUAAAGAACCCUCAAUCACCCUCUGUAGAAAAUCAUUGAAAAUGGAACUUCAAGGCAUGCCUACCGCAGGGCCGUAUUAGAGAGAUUAGACCGGAAAUGGUGCAAAACGGCGCCCAAAAAGCCAAAUGAAAUCAUUAAACAAAGCGGUUGCAGAUGCGCUGCACGACGAUAUUUGCGGCGAGUCGCUGGACCGCCGUGGGUGGUCAGGCAGAACUUCGAUGGCGCCAACUCUCCAUCCGCUCCAUGGCAGGAUGUCGUCCUCCUCGCACAACCUCUCCACACGACUCUCAGGCUCAUCACAGAAUCUGAACAUUGUCCAAAACGCCUACGGGGUAUGUUUUUGUUGGAAUCUGGGGGUUGGUCUAAAAGGAUUGUCCGGAAAUGGUUUAACUUGUUGAUUUCCUAGAAGUCGGAGUUUCGAAAAAAAAAAGCUUUUGCGUUAAUAUUGAAGCCAAUACCAGAGUUUCCACUAAAUUUUGAAAGUUCUUAGGACUUUUAGUAGAAAUUAUCAGUAGAAAUCAAGUCGUUUUUUCUCCUUGUAAUCUUUAGAGGUAAUGAUCUGCUUAUUUGAUUUCUGUACUGAUAAGUGAUGUUUUAUCAAUAUAUGGAGCUCAUGUGAAUCAAUUUAUCAAAACCCACUGUGGAGACUGAAUUUUUUUCGCUCAACACUCUUCUUUCUCAGAUUUUCAAAGUUUCGAUAUUUUUUUGAUCUACUCUAAUCAUUUUCUAUAUAUUCCGCUUUCAAAUACAAACUAUAAAUCGCUAUUUUUUUAAUGCAAAACCUAUCAAAGCAGUUCCAAACUGUUUUAUAUCUAAUUAACAAUUUUUUUGAGCUUUCAAAACAGCUGAAAAAAACUAAUUAAAAAAAUUCAAAAAACCUUGAAAAAAACAAGCCUUUUGAAAGUUUUAUGGAGACCUUUGUCCUAUUUCAAAUUGCAAGAAAAACAUUGUAAAAUUUGCAUUUCGAGUGCAUUAGACCGUUAUUAUUUUCGUUUGUCGCUGUGAUAAACAAGAUAAUUCCGGACAUUUUUUGAUUAUCAGAGGUAACCUCAUUCGUUUCCUUGUUUUCAUCCACAACCAAUCGUCCAAAUGUUCGUCUCACAUUUUUCGAAAAAAGUAACGUUUUUUAUAAUUUUGAUUUGUUUAUCGAUAGGCAAGACCAUAAAAUCAUGAGAAACACUAGGUCAAAAAUAAAAAAAUUUAGAGGAAAUUGAAUAAAGUGUUUUGGAAUUGAUAAAAAGGGGGAACGGAAAAUAGUGAUUCAUUUCGCGUUAUCAUGGCGCCAACAGAAGCUCGCCAUUGCCUAGCAAUGGUUGAUGCUGACCCAAGGGUGUUCAUCCAGACUGACCUGGGUACAUUGAUCGCCUACAAAUGGGAAUUGCAGUUCAAUGUCCACCAGAAUCCGUCCGACACAACUGCGCCGCAAAGGAUCGCCGUGAGUUUUUUUAAUUCUUAAUUUUCAUAAUUUUUUUAAAAAAAUCAGUGAAUGAAUUAAAUUUGAAAAAAAUCAGAAAUUUCCUGUUUUAAGUGGAAAAGUUUUAUAGUUUUGCGUAUGAAUCCAAGCUCAGAAAAAAAUCAUUUUAACAUUUUGAUCUUUUCUAUGCUCUAGAGUUUUUUUCGAUUUUUUUGAUAAUUUUCCAGUAGAAAAAUAUAUUUUAUUUGCCUGUUUUGAACUUUGGCCGCAUGUGGAAUGACUGCCACGCAGUUCUGAGUUUGCCUAAUAUUCCAAAGCCAGUGCGCAAGUCGUUUUAUGGUCGGGCGCAGGCGUUGAAUUUGACGUACCUAGCUUGAUCCUAAAGAAAACUUAAUCUGAAUGAGUGUAAAUUGAAAAUUUAUUGUAGUUUAAAAACCGAUAUCUUUUUUUUGCAUCUUCAGAAAUAAUAAAAAUGAAAAAAAGCUUUUGAUUUCAGAAUGAUCUAUGAAUAGACUAAGUUUCCCUACCUUUUCUCAGUGGGCGGCAAUUCCAACAAUGACAAACUCUAGGAGAACCUUUACGACAUAGUCUCUGAUGACUCACUUUUGAUAACAAACUUUCAAAACUCAUUCCGCAUUUCUUGUCUAUUUGUACAGUUUUGCAAGCCCUAUCUCUACUCGAUUCAUAAUUCAUUGGGUGAAACAAAUGAUUUUCAGAAUCUGCUGUCUCGGCCAUUCAGGACGAAUCCGCUCAAGCGGACGAAGAGCGUCAGCAAAAUGGAGAAAGGUCUUCUGGAAGCCAAUCAAAAGUUAGUUUUCAUUUAUGGAAACGUUCAAAAGUUUUCGAUAUUCGAGGAACAUAGUGGAGACUUUUUUUCGACUUCUAGGUGUAAAAAUUAGCGGGAGGAGUGUUGAUUGGCAUCCGGUGUGAUCUAUCAUUCAGGAGGCAGCGAGUCCGAGCAAUUGUCUCUGUAAAAAAUGUCGAAGAUCAUUACGCUGGCCCUUGACCAACCUUUUUUAUUGGCCUCAUCUUUGAGUCUCUCAAAACGUCUGCUUCACAAGUGUAUACCUGGUGAAGCUUGUUUUUAUCAGAAAUUAGUUCAAACUCAAGUUUUGUUGGAUUUUCUUGGUGAAUCAGCUACGUUCAUUACCAGCUAAACUCUUUUUUUGAGAAUCAUUCACGAGGUUAUUUUUUCUAAUAAAAAGUGUAGAAAGAAAUUUUCCUAAAGAAAAAAGGUAAAUAGUCCAUUCAAAUCUAUCUCAGAAAAAAUCUCAAAAUCUUAAAUUUUUAUAAGUUGUUUUUCAUUGCAUAACGACCCAUUUUUCAUCGAGCGGUUUAGUAUUCAAAACUAAAAAUAAAUAACUCUUUAACCGAUUUACGAAAAAUUAGGCGUAAAACAACCGAAAGCCCUCAACCAGCCAUGUAAGAAAAAGCUUGAUUUUUACGCAGAAAAAAAACUGGGAAAUACAAGGUUCCAAGUCAAGUACACCCUGUUUAAAGAGACUUUUUCCUUCAAUGGCGGCAGCUUUGAUUUCCUUUUCUUUACGCGUGUCAACCCAACAAAUUUUCGUUUUCGCCCUUUAUCCCCGUUGAUCCUACCAGUUCCGUGCCAAAACCCAUGGCAUAACAUUCGUAACAUUCAUACAUCUAUUUUGUUGCGCAAUCGUGUCUUCCGCAAUACUUUCCAUUUCGAUACAACAGUAAUUGAUUAUUCUUAAGUCUUAGAGACUUUUUGAAGACUGAACAACUAAGAGAGUUUUUUUCAGACAUCCUAGAUUUUCAAAAGCCUCAAUAAGUUCACGAAUGAUAGUCUUUGUAGCUUUUUCUUUAAAUAGAAUUAAGUUUCUGAGCUCAAGAAUUUAUUUAUUCCGAUUUUUUGCAAAAAAAUAAGCCGUUUGCAGCUGUUUGUAGUGGUCAUUUCUAAUCAUUAUCAAUCUUUGCAAAAAAAUCUUUACUCAUUUCUACUACAAUCAGUAAAUGAGUGUGGGCUUUUCGCUUCAAAGUCUGUGAAACGAUGAAGAUUUAUAUUAGAGUCCAGAAAAAUAAUGGAUUUUUUCUUCUUCCUAGCAUUGUUUUUGAAGUUAUCAAAAGGAAAUGAUCGACAAAUCAAAAAAAAAUUUAUUUUUAACAUUGAUCUAUCCAAUCUCAGUCAAACCAUUUUUUUCAACUUCGUGUUUUGUUCGCAAAAAAAAUGUUUAUUUUAAAACCGUAAACAAUUUCGAGUUUCAAGCGCGAGAAUUUUUUUCCUAUUUAUAAACAGAAGGCGUUUCUCUUAUAUUUCCUUUCGCCUUCUGAUCUCCUUUCAAAGAUUUCAACUUCCUCUUUCUUUUCUCGAAGCGUUUUCAUAGAAGCCAUAUGCCUAAAUUUCUCAGAAUUUCAUUCCUUUCGGAUUCCUACCUGGCACCAUUUUUUUCUAAAAAUAAAAGAUGUUUCAAUUAGAAACACUAAUAUUCGGAGGCAAGUAGUCUUCCCACGGCUUUCCGAGUCGCCAGCAUGUUUUACACAAAACAAAGCUGCUCCACAUCUCAUUUUGCCUAACCUCUACGCUCACAACAAGAAAAAGAAGAGGAAAAAAAAAAGCCGUGUGGCACUUUGCCCUGAAACUUAUGUUGCACGCGACCCACGCAUACCCACGAGAAAAAUAAUUUUUCAUAGAGUUUGGAAAAGUGAUUAGCUCAGUUUCGACUAAAUUUAGUUUCAUGGAGAAAAUCCGAUUUUUCAGCCAUUUUUAGCGUUCAAGUGUGGGCGAUUGCCUUUCACAAUUUUAUUAGUUUCCACGAAGAAAAACAAAUUCUGCGGCGUCUGGUAACAAACCCUAUAUUUGUAACUAUAAAAAAAUAAAUUUCCGCUCGUUAUAAUUUUACGGCUCUCUCUUUUCGCGCAUCUGUUUCUCGCUUUCUUUUCCUCAACAAAAACUUUUGCGCUCGAACCUCAUAACCUUCUUUUGCCACUUGUGUUCCGAUUUGACCACCGAUGUGUCGUUAUGAGCUCAUCUCGACGCUAAGACGCGAGAAACUCACAGUUCUCUUUUUUGAAAUAAUUUGCAGACGUCCUAGGACGAGACAUUUUUUUGCGAUUCAAAAUUGGACCUGCUGGGACAAGAGUUUGUUUUUUUUUCUAUAAAAAUCAAUAUCCGUGAUAUUUUUUUCGGAAAAAUUAUAUAUCUAUAUAGUAUAUUCACUGAAAGUUCUUCUGUUCAUGAAUCGUGUCAGUAAUUCUUAAAAGCGCAAAAGUAUCGAAUUACCAAAAAUUUUCUGCAUGUGCUUCUUCAAACAAGCCGUUGAAGUUUUAUGAAUAUACUAUACUGAUAGAAAAAACAAUUUUUCGAAUUUUUAUUGUUCCAGGUCCGAAAAAGAACAUGUACAACUAACCUCUAGUCUGAUGAAAGUCUCAUAUUUGUAUUCUGAAAGUUUUUCUUGAUUUUGUCGUCUUUUCGCUGGUACUCCAUUUCCAUUCACUUCAGUUUGUUUAUUUCAAUCCAGACGUGAAAUUAUUAGAUUUCAUCCCAAAAUAAUUUUCUUCAAAAACAUGUUUACAUUAUUUCGGGCAAAAAAAUUUUUCGGAACGUCAUCGUUCCAAAUAUUUUCCUUUUUUGGAUAAUUUUGAAACAGUUCUUUUAGAUUUUGCCUUUUUUUUAUUAACAAGGGCCUCGAGAUUUUUCAAUUUUCAGUUGCAAAGAACAGCUCCUAAUUUUUUUGAUUCAAAUUUUUUUGAGCAUGAAUAUUUUUAGCUAGAUGUUAUUUAAAAAGUUUGUCUGAGAAAUUUUUUUUCAAUUUCAAAAAAAUUCAACCCAACCGAGUUUCUUUCUAUUUUUUUGUUUGUAUUUCUUUUCUUCCUGCAACGUCAUCUUAACAAUACAAACCACAUAUUCAAAAUAUUCCCUUUUCAUUCGAAUUCGGAACGGUUUCCCAAGAACAUAAUCGAAAUUUGCAUUUUCCUUUCAAUAUUCAAGUUUCUUGAGUUCGGCGACCGCAAUUCAAAUCGAGAACAUCUCGCGGCGCGGCACCUUGUCCGAUUUACACCCAUCUAUUUAUGCGCGAAAUUCAUUAUCAUCUGUGACACUUCUCAGCCAUCCAGCCAGCUUCUUCAUCUUUCCAUCCUCAAUUUCCAACUGACAAAUAUGUACAAUCGCUCGUUCCGAGUACCAAACUCAUCCGGCCGACCGGCCAUGUCGCUGGCUUCAGCCUUACUCGAUCGACCUUCUGGCCUGGCCCAACUCCGUGCCACUCACAUUGCUCUUGACGGCUCGCCCGAGCUCCUCGGCAUGCAGUGUUUGUCUCCGAAUCGCGAGAAAAACGUCGCUAAUCCACGACUUGUUCGAGGACGCAUCGUCUACAAAUCCAAGCGGUAA